CACGGCUAAUUCCGUCUGAACAUGGCGGAGUACUUGCAGGUUGUUCGGAGGGCUGUGGGACAGUUGCGAGGUCAUGGGGGUGUUCGCGGUGCUAUUUUGCAAUUACUCAGAGUAAACGAUAUGAAGACUGGAACUCUUGUUGGAGUAGACAAAUAUGGGAACAAGUACUAUGAAGACAAUCGGUACUUCUUUGGUCGCCACAGAUGGGUGAUUUACACUGAAGAAAUGAACGGGAAAAAAACUCUCUGGGACGUAGAUGGUAGCAUGGUCCCCCCUGAAUGGCAUCGCUGGCUGCACUCCAUCUCUGACGAGCCACCAACAACGCACCCUCCAGUCCCCCGCAAGUUUAUCUGGGAGAACCACAAGUUUAAUGUGAGUGGCACACCAGCUCAAUAUGUACCUUACUCCACCACCCGCAAGAAGAUUCACGAGUGGGUCCCUCCACAGGUAUCCAGCAGGGGUGAAACUGUAUAGCUGGAACAAGGAACUCUUAUUUCCAAAUGUCCUCGCUGAUACUCUGUUCUUCGCAAUAAGUGUGAUGUCUCAUAACAAUAAUAAAGUUACAAUGAAGCUGUG